CCCCUGCUAUCGGUGGCCUCCGAGACGGUGACAGCUCCGCUCUUGGGGCCGCGCGGGGAGCGAGGAAGGCGAUCAUUCAGUGAGCCUCUUGCAGGCGCUGCGGCUCUGCCCGUGAAGCCCCCGGGCCCGUGCCGCUGACGCGCAGCCGUGGGGGACAGGGAGCGCGGGGCCGGUGCCGUAAAGCGCGGAGGAUGUCGGGGCGGGCGGGCCCCGCGGCGCCGCCGCCGUUCGAGAAGCGGGUCCUGGUGACGGGCGGCGCCGGCUUCAUUGCUUCACAUGUAGUCGUCUCUCUUGUGAAAAACUAUCCAAACUAUCUGAUUAUAAAUCUGGAUAAGCUCGACUACUGUGCAAGCUUGAAGAAUCUUGAAACUGUCUCGGGGAAGGAAAACUACAAGUUUAUCCAGGGGGAUAUUUGUGAACCUGAUUUUAUAAAGCAGCUCUUUGAAACUGAGAAAAUAGAUAUAGUGCUUCAUUUUGCAGCCCAAACACAUGUAGAUCUUUCAUUUUGGCAUGCCCUGGAAUUCACCUACGUGAAUGUUUAUGGCACCAACGUGCUGGUUGCUGCUGCACAUGAAGCCAAUGUGGAGAAAUUUGUCUAUGUUAGUACAGAUGAAGUAUAUGGAGGUAGCACUGAUGAGGAAUUUGAUGAAUCCUCACCAAAACGUCCAACCAAUCCCUAUGCCUCCUCUAAAGCAGCUGCAGAGUGUUUUGUUCAGUCUUACUGGGAAAGGUACCAAUUCCCAGUUGUCAUCACACGGAGCAGUAAUGUUUAUGGACCACAUCAGUAUCCAGAAAAGGUUAUUCCAAAGUUUAUAUCUUUGUUGCAACAGAACAGAAAAUGCUGUAUUCAUGGUUCUGGACUUCAGAGAAGGAAUUUCCUUUAUGCAACUGAUGUAGUAGAAGCAUUCCUUACUGUCCUGAAGGAGGGGAAACCAGGUGAAAUUUAUAACAUUGGAACUAACUUUGAGAUGUCCAUUGCCCAGCUUGCUAAGGAGCUAAUUCAUUUAAUAAAGAAGACCAGUUCAGAGUCUGAAAUGGAACACUGGAUGGAUUAUGUCAAAGACAGCAACAAUGAAUCUCUGCUUACUUUAGAUAACACUCUCUCCAGAGUGAUUAGAAAUGAUGUGUCUACUGAUAGCAGUUAAGUAUUAUGGCCUUUAGAAUUCUCACUUUCUGAUCUCAUUUAGGUUGUUAUCAUGGCAACUGAAGUGUCUUUAAAAAUGUGCUAGCUUUUGUUUUUAAAAGAAAAUGUUCUUCAGAAUCCUAUCUCAAUGUAUUAGAGGACUUUGAUCAAAUUGCCUUUGGCUCACAUGAUGUGAGUGUUUAGGAGUUCUCAGUGUAUUUCACUUUGAGAUAUUUUUUUGUGUGUAUGAACCAUGUCCUGUUUAAACAUAAAUGGGCUUGGGAAAACUAACCACGUAGGAGUAUGUGUUUCAGUAGUGUUGAGAUCUUAUCAAAAAUUGUUAAUAUACCAAAUAUAUUACUAUAUAAUUCUAUAAUGAGUGACUUAAAGGUCAUGGGGGUUACUUGCUAUGGAAAAAUUAAUUCUGCUUCUGCUUCAGAUUAGCAUGUUACAGUAACAGUGAUAAGUGCUUGGUUUGUGCCUGCACAUGUACCUUGACUAUUCAAUAUGCCAGUGCCAAUAGUGCAGGAUGCUAGACUGGGCUACCUAUCUGCCAGACUAUGGAAGUGAAAAGUUCUGCCAUGCUUAAUUAUCAGAUGUAUCUUUCUGUGUUGAAUCUUGCAGCUUGGGACUCUACAUAUUCAGUAUUACUAAGUUGAUGUAGUUAAUGAGCCACUGUAAUGAUGCCCCUUUGGAAGCCUGUGUGUUUUAAAUCUGAAGUAUGUGUAAAUUUCUGGGUUUUCAGGAUAAAAAACGUGAAUGCUAAUAUUAGAAAAUGCUGGCUCUGUGUUGCAAAUGCACUGAUUUGCACAAAUGCGUUGGCAGUGAUUUUUGUGUUCGUUUUUGUGCCAGUAAAAUACUAAUUAAUAUUUAUUCUAGUCAAUUUCGAGUUGUUGACUGUACAAACUGAAUUGUGUUGUUGUAGCUGCACUCAGCUGCCACGUAUUAUUUGAAGGCAAUGCAACCUGUUUAUGUUGGUGGGAAUUUUCAAAAUUGAAGCAUAUCUAAUAUUCCUUGGAAGACAGUGUGAGGUACUGCAUGUCUAAUUAAGGAAGCAAUAUAAUCAGAUUGUUUUCUGUGUGCAUUUUAUA